AUGUUGCAUCUGUGUGCCUUCCUCAAGAAAUGGUAUAAAAAUCCGAGGUGGUCAUUUUCCUGCUGUCUUUCCUUGAUCCUGCCUUUUCUUAGUUUGUCUGGGGACAUUGAUGGUUUGGUGGGAGAAAAUAUAAUGAACAACCAAGGAGAUACCGGAGAUAUCGAAAUGCCUUCUAUCGCUGCUGCUGUACAAGACAGUGGGGCUACUGAUAUUACUCUCGAUAAUAGUGAACAGCCUGCCACACAGUUGCAAAUUGUGGAAAAGGGAAACCACACUGCUACGAUCCUCUCACAGACUAAUGAGGCUUUUGACAUUAGUGUUGAAGAAAAUAAACAAGAAAAUGGUAACAAAAAGGAAAUAGAAAGCAUGCAGCCUGUCACAUGGCCAAAUUGUGGGGAAAAGCAAAGUAUUGUUGUCCCCUUCUACUCACAAUACAGGUCAUCAAAGUGUCAUCGAGUAACCCAAACAACGUUGAUGGUGCUGAAUUGA